AUGGAAUCCCCUCAGCUAAAACGAAAAAGAUCUAACAGUCCACCACGUGUAGAUGUUAAUCAAGAACUCUCCACUUUGGGUUUAAACAGACCAGGCGGUAGAUACAUCCCUAGACCUGUCUUGAAGGCCUUGUUAGAGAGCCAGUCAGCUAAUGAUUCAUCAUCAGCUGAUGUACAAAGAUUGAAGUGGGAUCAGUUGAGAAAAUCAAUCAACGGUUUAAUCAACAAAGUAAAUACUGCGAAUAUAAAGAUUAUAACUCCACAAUUAUUCCAAGAGAACUUGAUCAGAGCUAGAGGUUUAUUCGCGAGGUCUGUUAUGAGAGCACAAGCUGCUUCCUUACCUUUCACUCCCAUUUUUGCUGCUUUGGUUGCAAUUAUAAACUCAAAACUACCACAAGUUGGUGAAUUACUCGUGAACCGUUUAAUCAAUCAGUUUAGAAAGUCUUAUAAGCGUAAUGAUAAAUCAACUUGCAACGCUACAGUUAUGUUCAUCGCUCAUUUAGUAAAUCAAUCAAUAAUCUCUGAUGUUUUUGCACUCGAAUUAGCCCUUUUCCUUCUCUCAAAAGGCGGUGAUGAUGGCGUUGAAAUCGCAGUACAAUACAUUAAAGAAGUUGGUGCCGCUCUUCAAGAACGUGAACCUAGUAUGAAUAACCUCAUCUACGAAGAAUUUAGGAAUCUCUUACAUGAUGCUGACAUCUCCAAACGUGUACAGUACAUGAUUGAAGUUUUAUUCCAAAUACGUAAAGAUAAAUUCAAAGAUAACCCAAUUAUACCAGAAGAAUUAGACUUAGUUGAACAAGAUGAACAAAUCGUUCAUGACUUUGACUUUAACGCUCCUGUUAAUACCGAAGAUGGUCUUAACAUCUUCAAAUUUGAUCCAGCCUAUGAAGAGAAUGAAGAGAAAUACAAAUCUAUUCGAUAUCAAAUUCUCGGUAGCUCGGAUGACGAAGAUGAAGAGGAAGAAGAAGACGAAGAGGAUGCUGAUGAUGAACAAGACGACGCCGUCCAGCCUGCUGGCCAAGAUGGUAUUAUAGAUAAAACCUCAACUAAUCUCGUUAAUUUACGUCGUACGAUCUAUCUUACCAUUAUGAACUCACUUGUCUUCGACGAAGCAGUACAUAAGCUCAUGCGCAUUCAAAUCCCACCUGGUGAUGAAAUUGAAUUGUGUAAUAUGGUAGUCGAAUGUUGCUCACAAGAAAGGACGUAUAACAAAUUUUACGGAUUAAUCGGUGAGAGAUUCUCAAAAUUAAACAAAUUAUGGCAAGAAUGCUUCCAGAGAUGUUUUCAAGGAUUUUAUGAAACUAUUCACAGAUAUGAAACCAACAGAUUGAGAAAUAUUGCAAGAUUUUUCGGUCAUUUGUUCGCAUCAGAUGGAAUCAGCUGGAGUGUUCUUAAUGUCGUGAAGAUGACACAAGAGGAUACGACAUCAUCAUCUAGAAUUUUCAUCAAAAUCUUAUUCACUGAUAUUGUCGAAAUGAUGGGAUUAAAGGCAGCCAAAGAGAGAUUCGCCGAUCCGUCACUCAGGGAUGACUUUAAGGGUUUAUUCCCGAUGGAUCACCCUGCAAACACAAGGUUUUCAAUCAACUACUUUACUGCUAUUGGAUUGGGUGCUAUUACGGAAGAUAUGCGUGAAUAUCUUAAGACGGCUCCUAAAAUUAUGCCACAACAGCCUGCUGAUGAAAGUAGCGAUAGUGAUUCAAGUUCAGUCUUGAGUUCAUCUUCUUCGGAUGUCUCCUCUAUUUCAAGAUCAUCAAGAGCUAGAUCGUUGAGCAGAUCACCAGUAAGGAGAAGUCCACCAAGGAGGAAUUAUCGUAGAUCUAGAUCUACUUCUUCUACACCACCAAGAAGGAGACUUAGUCGUUCACCUUCUCCACCUCGUCAGCGUUACGACUCGAGAUCUCCACCACCACGUAGACCUUCACCUACAUCUAGAAGAGGUGCACCAAGGGAUGGUUACAAUAGGUCUCCACCAGGGAGACGCUAUGACGAUUCACCACCACCUAGAAGACGUUACGAUGACUCACCUCCUAGAAGACGUUAUGAUGAUUCACCACCUAGAAGACGCUAUGAUGAUUCACCACCUAGAAGACGCUAUGAUGAUUCACCACCUAGAAGACGCUAUGAUGAUUCACCACCUAGAAGACGCUACGACGAUUCCCCACCUAGAAGACGUUAUGAUGACUCUCCACCAAGGAGAGAUGAUAACAGACGUCGUCGCGAUGACAGCCCACCAAGGAGAUCAUACCGUGAUAUUUCAAUUUCGCCUCCAAGAAGGUAA